AUGUUGUAAUCAUUUGCUAGCAAUGUCAGUUGUCCUAAUCAUAAUUAGCCUAUAACUUAUAUUGAUACCAAGAAAGAUACAACUCUUAGUAAUAGGGCUAAAUGUUUGAAUUGUACACCUUUAAAUGACGCUCUUCCAAUAAAAAUUGCUUUAGAUAAAUUCAAGAAACUAAAAGAGGAUGAAAAAUAAUAGAUUAGAAAUUAUAGAAAAAACAAGAUCUAUGAUUUUUUAGAAUUUAAAAAGGUUAUUCAUUAACUUUCAGAAUCCAUUUCACAAUCUCUUAAUGAAAUUAGUAAAUAAAUUAAUGAAAGAAUUGAAAAGAUUGUUGGUGUCAUUCAAUAAGCCUAAUCAGUCUAAUGGUAAUUUGAUAUUAAUGAAUAUUUGACUAUAAGUGGAUUGCAGAAUGUAGGAUUACAAUUAAGUUAAUAAGGAAAUGAAUUUUCACUAAUUAAAGCUGGUUAUUCUGUAGUUUAGAUGAAAAAAGAGUAAUAAUUGUAGACAACUCUUUCCAAUUAUUAAAAUAAUAUUAAGUCAAUCCAAAGUAAUAUGGAAAUAUUAAAAGAAUCAUUAACAACAAAUCUUAUUAUAAAUGAAGAAAUAGUAGGAAAAGCUGCAUAGAAAGAAAAAUGUCUAGCCACAGCAUUUAAUAAAGAUAAUUCCAUUAUGAUUAGUACAUCAGAAGAGUUAAUAAAGGUAUGGACUUUUGAUAAUGGAAAAUUGGAACUAUUUUAAACAUUAAAAGGGCAUGAUAAAGAAGUAACCUGUUUAUAUUUCAGUCGAAAGAAUAAUUGGUUCAUCUCAGGAAGUAGAGAUAAGACUAUUAGAAUAUGGAAAGAAUUUAGUAAUAGUGAAUGGGGAUGUAUAUAGAUUUUAGAAGGAAAUAGUUUUUGUAUAAAUUGUGUUAUCAUGAACUAAUAUGAAGAUUAAAUAUUUUCUAGUAGAGAUGAUAAUAAAGUUAAGAUAUGGAUGUAAGAAUCCUUACUUGUAUCAUAAUAACCUCAAUGGAAAUGUUACUAAACUCUGCAAGAUCAUAAAAAAGAUGUUUAUUCUUUAAGUUUAAAUUAGACUGGUAAUUUAUUAGUUUCUGGCUCUUAUGAUAAAACUAUAAUAAUCUAUGAUUUAGAUGAUCAAUAAUAAUGGAAACUGAAGUAAGUGAUAUCAAAUGAUUAUGAAAAUUGGGUACAUACUGUUUGUGUAAUAAAUGAUAAGUUGAUUGCUACUAAACUUUAUAAUGGAAUCCUCAUUCUUUAUUAAUAUAUGGAAUAAGUUGAAUCAUAUGAAUAGAUAUAAGAAAUAGAGCUUAGUAAAUCAAAAAUGAGUUAUUUUGAUUUCUUCCAUAUGUUUUAUAAUUUACAAUUGUAAUCUAUCUUUUGUCGUCAUUUAGAGUGUAUAUACAUUUUAUUCUAAUAAACGACUGGAAGAUAUGGAAUUCAAUAGAAAAUUUCAGAUAAUUACAGAGGUGGUAGUUUGACUGAUAAUGGAGAAUAUAUUGCAUUAUGGAAUAACAAUAGUAAAUAAUUAGAAAUAAGAUAACAAGAAUGAAUAAUUAUUCGUAUAAAA